UAGGAGGAAGGGUUGAAUGUUUUAAUAUACUUAAAAUAGUUUUCAAUACCCAUGAUACACGAUCAUAUUGAUACUUGAAUUACUUUUGUAACAGAGUUGAUAUACUUUUUUCUGCUAAUCAAUCAAAUUAUACAUUGGAUACGAGUUGACCGACAGGGCGCGACACUGAGGUUUAUCGAAAUGUUGCGUGUUGCCACAUCACCACCAAAUCAAACAUACUUGGACGAUGUUUCUGUGUAGAUUGCGCUCGUGCCGACUCCUCCACAAUACGUGGAAAGCGUGAGUUUCUCCACUCCGAUUCAACAUGUCAAAUUUAUCUUAAAUUUCUGACGAGUAUUCACGUGAAAAGAGUAAAACUCAGCGUACGGAUAAUCUUUUGUUUCGUCGAAGAGCGUUUCCGGCACAGUAUACGUCUGAGAAAUUAUAGAUUUUUUCGCGGUCCUUAACGUAGUAAACGAACGGCAUGAUGAGCGCAUCCCAGGGGCAAGUGAAACCGAGGAAUGGAGUAGUAAAACAGGUCCUGUCAGGAGAUACUAUUGUUAUUCGUGGGCAGCCUAUCGGUGGUCCACCUCCAGAAAUCAUUGUUACUCUUUGUAAUAUCACCGCACCUAAGUUAGAACGAUGGAAAGGAAAUGAUAGUACGGACGAAAGUAAAGACGAACCGUAUGCUUGGGAAGCUAGAGAAUUUUUACGCAAGAAACUUAUUGGUCAAGACGUAAGUUUCGUUACGGAAAAAUCAAUGAAUAAAUUGGUUAAUACAGUUAACGCAAGUAGAAAUUAUGGAACUGUGUGGCUGGGGAAAGAUAGGAACGGAGAAAAUAUAAUUGAAACACUGGUGUCCGAGGGUCUGGUAACCGUAAAGAGAGACACUAGAAACCCUGCUCCUGAGCAAACUCGAUUAAUCGAACUGGAAAAUGCAGCGAAAGCAGCUAAGAAAGGGAAAUGGUCGGAGUCACCGACUUCUGAACACAUACGCGACGUGAAGUGGACCGUAGAUGAACCUCGUAAAUUGGUUGAGAAAUUCGGGAAGAAGCCAAUAAAAGCUAUCAUUGAGUUCGUGUUCGAUGGAUCAACCGUGAAAGCGCUUCUGUUACCCGACUUUUAUAACAUAGUAUUAAUGAUAUCGGGUGUUCGGUGUCCUGGAUGGCCGAACGGGAGACGUGAAAAUUCAAAUGGCGAUCCUUACGCGGACGAAGCUAGAUACUUCGUGGAAUCCCGUCUUCUACAUAGAGACGUCGAAGUGGUGCUUGAAUCUGUGAAUAACAAUAAUUUCAUCGGCAGCAUUCUACAUCCAAAGGGAAAUAUCGCUGAAAUUUUAUUGAGCGAGGGUUUCGCUAAGUGCCAGGAUUGGUCGAUUAAUAAUAGCCGAGCUGGCGCGGAGAAACUGUACCUUGCAGAAAAAGCUGCGAAAGAAGCACGCCUACGUUUAUGGAAGGAUUAUAAACCAUCAGGUCCACAAAUAGAAUUCACUGGUACCGUUGUUGAGAUAGUGAACGCGGACGCCCUUAUAAUUAGGACGCCAAAUGGAGAAAACAAAAAAGUGUUUCUCAGCAGUAUUCGACCACCGACGAGAGAAAAGAAAGUGAGCGAAGAACCGAACAACACGACACGAAAAGAUAAACCUCUUUAUGACAUCCCGUGGAUGUUAGAGGCUCGAGAAUUUUUACGCGAGAAGUUUAUCAGGAAAAACGUGAAGGUUGUGGUUGAUUACACUCAACCUGCUAGAGACAAUUUCCCGGAGAAAUUAUGUUGCACCGUCACUUGUGGCAAAACGAACAUCGCAGAAGCGUUGGUUGCGCGAGGCUUGGCAAGAGUAAUAAAAUACAGGCAGAACGACGAUCAACGUUCGUCUCACUACAAUCUGUUACAAGUAGCUGAAAGCAAAGCAGAAAAAUCGCAGCACGGUUUACAUGCAAAGAAAGAUAUUCCUGUACAUAGAUUAGUAGACCUCUCUAACGAUCCGUCGAAAGCAAAAGCAUUCUUGACGUCCCUGAAACGAGCACAGGGCAUUAAAGCUGUCGUCGAAUUUGUCACGAGCGGCUCACGUCUGAAAUUGUUCUUACCGAAAGAAGAUUAUCUUAUUACUUUCGUGCUGGCUGGUAUAAGAACUCCGCGAUGUCAAAGAUCGGUGCCAGGUGGUGGUGUCCUCAAAGCGGACGAGUACGGUGAAAAAGCAUUGGCUUUCACCAGGGAACAUUGUUUCCAAAGGGACGUGGAGAUAAAAAUUGAAAGUACAGAAACUAAGGGAAGUGGAUUUAUCGGAUGGUUAACAGUCAACGAUGUGAACAUGUCCGUUUCUCUCGUCGAGGAAGGUCUUGCAGAAGUAGUUACCUUCCCCGAUUUUGGAGAAUUGACGAGAACCCUGAAAGCAUCAGAAGAACGUGCCAAAUCGAAGAAGUUGAACAUGUGGAAGAACUAUGUGGAAGUGCAAGUCGAGAAUGAGAAGAACGAAAAUGAUAAAGAAAUCGUAGAGAGGAAGAUCGAUUAUCAAGAAGUGGUGCUCUCUGAAGUCACCGAAGAUCUUCACUUCUACGCGCAGAAAGUCGAUCAACGCAGCAUGUUGGAAAACUUGCUGUUACAAUUGCGCCAGGAGUUAGGAUCUAAUCCACCGCUUCCGGGUUCUUACAAGCCCAGCAGAGGUGAAUUAGCUGUUGCCAAAUUUACAGGCGACGAUCAAUGGUAUCGCGUUAAAGUAGAAAAAGUUUCUGGUACCAACGUCAGCGUGUUUUAUAUUGACUACGGUAAUAGAGAAACGGUUAACGUCACGAGAGUAGCCGACUUACCGUCGAGAUUCGCCAGCGACAAGCCUUAUGCUCACGAACAUGUUCUCGCCUGCGUCGCGCUUCCAAACGAUAACGAUGAUAAAAAAGCGGCAAUUGAAAUCUUCAAGGAAGAUGUAAUGGAUAAAAUCUUAUUGAUGAAUAUAGAGUUCAAGUUAAGCAGUAGCGUUACUGCUGUAACAUUAGUCGAUCCUACUUCUAACGAGGAUAUCGCAAAAAGACUUAUUUCUGAUGGGUUGCUGUUGGUUCAAAAUCAACGAGAUAGAAGACUUACUAAACUGCUCGAAGAAUAUAGAAAGGCUGAAGAAGAUGCGAAGCAUAAUCGACGUAACAUUUGGAGAUACGGUGAUAUACGAGCGGACGAUGAGAAAGAAUUUGGGUUAUAAAGAAUCAGAAAAUGCUCAAGAAAUGAUUGAAAAGCGAUUAAUACAGGGAAAAAGACAUGUUAUUAACUGCAUAAUAAUUGUGUAAGGAUACAUCAGAUUGACGAAAAAUAAUAAAUGUCCAUAUGAAACACAGGCAGGGGGAAAAAGAGAGAGAAAGAGAGAAUUAUCUGUUGCAUUAAAUUAUAAUGCAGUUAUAUUUCAUUAUAUAAAACACAUGAAUUGUACAUAACAAUUUUAUUAAUUCUUGUAAUUUUUGAAUGGAACAGUGGCAUAAUACAUUGUCAUCAAUCAUCAUUUGUA